AUGAUCUUACCAUCUGGCAAUAUGAGUUUAGGGCGGAUUUGCCUUUUCUUUGCAGGGAUCAAAGCUAUACAGUUUUUCAUAGUUCUUGCUUGCCCAAAAUCUCAAUUCGAUACAUCUACCAGCCUUCUUCUUGAGCGGUUUUCACACCAAAGUCAAACUCAGUCAUGGUUGAACACUAGGUUUUGGAACAAACUUUUAUCUUGGGACGCGGCUUACUUCCUUAAAUGUGUGAUUGUUGGUGGCCCAGAGUUUGAGCACGAGAGAGCGUUUUCUCAACUUUGGUGUCAGAUAGUGCGGCUUUUUUGUGGCGAUAACUUUGAGUUAUACCAUGUAAUAAGGACGGCGGUGGCCUUGGAAAAUUGCAUUCAUUUAACCUCAGCAAUCUUGCUGUAUUGGUUGACGGCUAAAGUCUUCAAGACAAAUACUCUAAAACUUCACCAACGAAGUCGGCUCGCACUAAAAGCUGCCAUGCUUUUUAUCGCGAGCAGCGGAACUGGCUUCUUUUUGGGAUUAUACUCUGAGCCUCUUUCAACGCUGUUAUCCUUCACUGGUUUGAUCGCGCGUGAAUACGCUGUUUCUUAUGAUGUGUAUGGAAACCUGCGGAGUUCAUUACUAAGAUGGCCUCUGUAUUCAAUCAUAUCAACGGUGUGCUUCACUGCAGCAGCCGCAAACAGACCAAACUGCAUUCUUUUAGGGUUGGUUUAUAUCAAUGACUUGGUGAGCCUCUUAAAGACGAGAAGAAUUCUCCAGGCUACGUUCAUGCCUCUGCUGAGUGGAGCUUGUAUGCUUAGCUUCUUUUUUCUGCAGCACCACAUUCUCCCUUACCAGGAAUUCUGUCCCGAAAGGGGGGAAUGGUGUCACAAAACGGUUUUCGGCUUACCAGUGACUUAUCAAUCAUUAUAUUCAUUUAUUCAAAGCCAUUACUGGAACGUGGGUUUUCUGAGAUAUUGGACUCUGAAUAAUAUACCAAACUUCUUGAUUGCACUGCCUAACUUCGUGGUUAUGUGGUUUUCAACGGUAUACUUUUCAAUCCAAUACCCUUGCUCAAAUCUCAAACCUUUGAUUCUAUUGACUAAGGUUUUUCUGAUCGUUUUGCUGCUGUUCGCCCAUGUUCAAAUUAUCAACCGAAUCUCUUCGUUCAUUCCUUUGCAUCUGUGGUACAUUGCAGAUCGCUUGAAUAAAUCAGCUGUAACGAGCAAAGAAGAAAUGAAAGGUGACGACAAGUUAGUGAAAUUUUAUAUUCUGUGGCUUAUUUUUUGGAUUCCUGCGCAAACUGCUCUUUUUGCCUCGUUCCUACCACCAGCAUAG